GGAGUAUGGGGGUAUGGGUUGUCCGUGUCGGUCUGUGUGCCAGGCCCGGUAACUACUCUAAUUCCUGUUGCGCCGAUCUCACGCAAAGAGACUAAAGAGCUUCACGAAAUAUGGCGGAAAGGAUUGGCAGGACCGACCAGGAUGUAAGCAGCUACGGGACCGUAUCGACGGAUCAUGGGGUUCUUCUCUCGGGCCUCGCAGCAUGCAGACCACAUUCCAGCCACCCUCGCUGCUCGAAUCGAGCUUCAUAAAAAUAAAUCAAACGUGCAAAAGAUUACACUACUUGUACAUUGAGACAGAGAAAGGGUGCCGGUAGACUACGAAGAUAAACAUCGAAAUGGGCAUAUUAGGAGG